CUUAAACACGACCAGCCACGACUGGAAGUUGGAGUUAGAUUUCAAAACGUUUCGAUCAAGUGAAAAGUUAAACUUGAUUGAUUCGCUGAAACGAAAUCCAGAUGGGUCUGAAGCCAAGGAAAAAAUUGGAUUGUCCAAAGUGCUCAAAAACGUUCAAAACCAACAGUGACUUGAGAAGACACCUUGUCACGCACGAUCCCGACGCAAAGAUGAAAUGCGAGGUUUGCGGGAAAGUUCCGAAAAACCCGGUCGCCUUAGCAGCCCACAUUAGAAGAAUGCACACCAACCGAGCCCGUCCCAAUUGUGAUCUUUGUCACAGGAGCUUUUGCCAUUCUCGCUACUUACAAAGGCACAUGGACAUCAUGCACGGAUCGAGGGCACGAUCUCGUGUCGCAUGCAGAUUUCCCGGCUGUGAGAAAACCUACCUCAGCCAGGAGAGUGUUUCACACCAUGUAAAAACUGAACACUCCCAAAAUCCGGUCCAAUUUCCGUGCACACUUUGUGGCAAAGAAUUUAAACGCAGAAAACACCUUCAGGGUCAUAUUUUCACCCACACGACCGAGAAGCCCUUCAAGUGCGCCGCCGCCACUUGUGGGAGGAGUUUCUCCCAAAGGUCAAACUUGCAGCAACACGAGGUGACACAUUUGGAAAAAUCGGAACGAAAGGUUUUCACGUGUAAACUUUGUCCAAUGACUUUUCUAACAAGCUCAGGCUUACGAGGGCAUAUUCAAGUCUUUCAUGAAAAUCAGAAGAAUCAUCCGUGCACAUUUUGUGGCAAAAGGUUCUCUGGAUCCAAUGAUUUGAAACGCCACGUGCAGGCGAAACAUCCCGUGAACGAGGAGGAGAUUCAUUUCUGUGACAAAUGCGAGUACAGGAGUCAGUCGAAGCGCAAUUUAAUCGCUCAUAAAAGACGGCACGGUGCCAAGAAGCGUGAAUGCUACUUUUGUGGGAAGAAAUUCUUCACUUUUCAAGAUUUGGUCAGCCACUGUGGUCAUAUACAUACUUUGGAAAAUAAAUAAUUUUUAUAACUAUCUGUACGAUA